AUGACGGAAAAACCCUUGGGCUUUGGCUACCAGUUCGGGGCCGGGGCCAUCGCCGGUGUGUCUGAGAUUCUCAUUAUGUACCCUUUGGAUGUCAUCAAGACGCGAGUACAACUCCAGGGAAAGGCACCCGUUCCAGGCCAGGACUAUUACAACGGCAUGCUAGACUGUUUUCGAAAGAUCGUGAAGAAUGAAGGGCCGUCGCGACUGUACCGCGGGAUUGCGGCGCCGAUUAUGAUGGAGGCGCCGAAGCGAGCGACUAAGUUCGCCGCCAACGACUCCUGGGGUCUCUUCUACCGCAACCUGUUCGGCGUGCAGAAACAAACACAACCGCUGGCCAUCCUGACAGGUGCGACCGCUGGAGCCACCGAAGCGUUCGUCGUUGUCCCCUUCGAACUCGUCAAGAUCCGAAUGCAAGACCGCGCCUCGGCCGGCAAAUACAAGGGCAUCGCCGAUUGCGUGGUCAAGACGGUCAAGGCGGAGGGUCCUCUCGCGCUGUACAACGGUCUCGAAUCCACCUUGUGGCGCCACAUCCUGUGGAAUGCGGGUUACUUUGGCUGUAUCUUCCAGGUCAAGGCGCUGAUGCCCAAGGUCGACAAGAAGGAUAAAACCAUGGCCAUGUUCAAUGAUUUCUUGUCCGGCGCCAUCGGUGGCACCGUCGGUACCAUCUUGAACACUCCCAUGGACGUGGUCAAGUCGAGAAUCCAGAACUCUCCCAAGGUCGCCGGCUCUGUGCCAAAGUACAACUGGGCAUGGCCUGGCCUGGGUACAAUUAUGAAGGAGGAAGGCGCUGCUGCCCUCUACAAGGGAUUCCUGCCUAAGGUCCUCAGACUGGGCCCUGGCGGUGGUGUCUUGCUCGUUGUCUACACCGGUGUCAUGGACUGGUUCCGUAAGCUGAGCACUCAAUCUAUUUAG